AUGUCACUUUUCGGCGCCGGCGCGUCGUCGGCCUCGGCAGGCCAGACAAACACCACCGGCGACAUUUCCAAGGACGUCGCCCUCAACACUCCCCCCGAGGAUGGCAUUUCGGAUCUCCGCUUCUCGCCUACCAGCGAACACCUAGCCGUGGCCUCGUGGGAUAAGAAAGUCCGCAUCUACGAAAUCAACGACCAGGGACAAAGUGAAGGAAAGGCACUCUUCGAGCACGAAGCUCCAGUUCUGAACUGCUGCUGGUCUCCAGAUGGAACCAAGGUCGUCGGUGCCGGUGCCGAUAAGGCAGCCCGCAUGCUCGAUCUCGGCUCAGGCACUACAACCCAAGUUGCUGCCCACGAUGCCCCAAUUCGAAGCUGCCAUAUGAUCCCCAAUCCCUCCGUGGGCGGAACCCCACUCCUGAUCACCGGCUCGUGGGACAAGACAGUCAAAUACUGGGAUUUGCGCCAGUCGACCGCAAUCGCUUCCGUCGACUGCCAGGAGCGUGUCUACACCAUGGACGUCAAGAACAAGCUUCUCGUCGUCGGCACCGCAGACCGUUACAUCAACAUCAUCAACCUCGACCAGCCAACCAACUGCUUCGCAGAUGCCUCGGGCUUCGCCGUCGGCUCCGUCGAGGGCCGCUGUGCUAUCCAGUACGUCGAGGAGAAGGAUUCCGCCUCCAACUUCUCCUUCAAGUGCCACCGUGAAAACCCGCCCGCAAACCGCGACGUCUGCAAUAUCUACUCCGUCAACGCUAUCUCUUUCCACCCCAUCCACGGCACCUUCAGCACUGCCGGUGCCGACGGUACUUUCCACUUCUGGGAUAAGGAUGCGAAGCACCGUCUCAAGGGUUACCCCGCUGUCGGAGGCCCUAUCACUACCUCCGCUUUCAACCGUACUGGAAAUAUCUUCGCUUACUCCGUCAGCUACGACUGGAGCAAGGGUUACUCCGCCAAUACCCAGCAGACUACCAACAAGGUCAUGCUGCACCCUAUCGGACCUGAUGAGACAAAGCCCAGACCCAGCACGCGCAAGCGUUGA